AUCUUCUCACCCACCUCGAUUGAAACUCAGCCGCAUCAGAAUUCUAUCAGGACGCUGACUGGCCUCGAUGAUCCUUGCUUAAGCUUGCUUGUUACUUCUCUUGGUUAACGGACAGCAGUCACUCUGUGCAUGGAUAUGUGUACAGUACAUUAGUGUAUGUACUGCAAUGCGACGUAAAUCAGCGCUACACAGGAUCCAUGUGAAUGCUGUGGUGCACGAAUGCUCUUCUAUCACGAAGCCACAUGCACCAGAAGCUAUGGUCUUAAGUGAAAUAUAUUUAAUCUGCGUGUCUAUAAUGCGCCGGCCUUCCUGUCUCUGCCUCCCAUAAUGAUGGCAGCUUCUUCCAAACCGACAGAAGAAAAUUGGAAUCCAUCCAGCCUUCUUGUAUAUAACGCACUCCCGGGUCACCAAGACUUUGACUCGACAAUAUCUGAUAUGAAGUCCACUGCUGAUGCUAGAACCGAUUUCUACGAUCGCAGUCUGACGAGUCGCAGAUAUGCUCUUGUCGGGCUGGCAUGUUCAAGUAUCUUCAGCUGCUUAUGCAUUAUUACAGGGAUUGUCACUGUAGCCAAUCACGGAACCUCGGGAGUAACCCCGCUCAACAUAUUCGAGUAUCAUGAUGUGAUGGCCAUAGGUCUGGGGCUCAUUCAAGUACUACCGCUGCGGGGGGAGAUAUUGACCCUGAUACUUGACUUAUUUGUCACGUUAUGUACCGAGUCCAUAGGCUUCGUACACGGCAUCUCAUUGCGCUCUGCGCUAGCCUCAGAGUCUCGGCUUCGUUUCAACACCAAUCUGCGCCUUCUGACCGCAGCCCGUGGAUGGUAUAACCCUAAUGGCGUCUUCCUUAACGGUAUCUCGGCUGUCCUCCUCAUUAUAAGUAUCGCAGGGUUUCCUCUCCUCAUUUUGGGCGUCGCACUACUCCUCCAGGUGAUGAUCGCAUUGUCAGCGAUGCGGGCUGUAAAAAUCUUGACGUGGAGUUCUUCACCUUUCGAGUUGACUGCUGCACUCGUCCACCACACGCAAUUGACCCCUGCUACUUUCCGGUGCAUGCGUCGUGUGUCUGACCUAGACAUGUAUGGUGGUCCAGCGAAGCCACCAGAGACACAGCCAUCUGCGUGGCAUGCUCACCCUAGCAUCCGUAAAGUUGUCAUUUCUCUUUGGGUGAUCGUUGCAGCGUGCGCUGGAUGGGCUGUACUCGUCAUGUAUUUCUGGGACCACUUCCACCUCGCUCAAGUUGUUCCCACCUCUCCGCUUACACUCCAAACGUGGUCGUUUCUCCGGAAUUUUAUGGACAAUUACGUCAUAUAUGAUCUGCCAGGUGACAAUCUUGCGGCGUGGAUUGUGGUCUUUGUCUUCACUGCAGUAGUCCAGGGACCAUUAACGCUUGGGCUGCAUUGCUCAGAGCUAAUCGUGAAUGGCAUUCGAGACGAAAGACAGUGGAGAUGCGCUACCAAAAAGAAAGGACUCAGUGUGGCGACGAACCCGCUGAAGCCGAUUUUCAUUCAUCCGAUGUGUCUCAUACUUUUCAUCGCGAAGCCUUUCCUGCACUGGAUGUUUGGGCUCUCAUUCUCCUUAGCGUUGCCAGCCUUUGACGAGAAUAUGGACGCUCUGGUGAUGUCUAUGUUCACUGCCCAGAUCUGGAACUUAUGCAUUGCGCUCUUUAUAUUUUCCUGUUUAUUCACCUUCAUCGCACUACGCCGACCGCACGGUCCCCAGCCAGCUGCAUAUGGCCACCUCCAGACGCUCGCCAACCUCGUGGAUGAGUGGUCCCCUGUGAUGUGGUGGGGACACAAGGAGGAUGGAAUUCCGUACUGCCAUGCUGGGACAAGCGGUCACCCGCUGCCGGACGUGAAGAUGGACUGCGUUUAUGCUGGUUCCGUUGCUGGGUCUCUGGUACCCCUCUCGUGAGAGAGAAGUAUAUCCAUGUCAGGCUAGCGAUGCAUUCACGGUGCACACAAUCAGCCAUGCCAUUGAACGAGACAUACAAUCUUCAUGCUAUCUACUGCAUUCCAGUUGGUUCUUCUUAUACCAUUCAUACGAGUCUGGGACAACUUUUAGCGGAAACGCUUUCGAAUGGACCUUCAAGCAACUGUAA